GGUUGGCUGCCUGCGGACGGGUCUCUCUCCAAGCCUGUCAGAGUGGCUGGAGGCAGUGGCGGCUGUCGGGGCUGGUUUGUCAGUCUGUGAGAGGAGGGGAAGAUGGCUCGCCGAGACCCGUUCUGCUAGGAAGAAGGGGGGCAGGUGGUGCUUUACUCUGGAGGAAGCACAGCCGCCGCCGUCGUGGUGGCUGCUAGCCGCUCAGGUCGAGGUUCUGCAGUGGAGCUCCCGUAGCCGCUCUGAUUGAAGGCUUGGAACACAUGUGGAAAGAUGUUCACUUCAGAGAGAGGGGUUGUGGAAGAAUGGUUGUCAGAAUUUAAGACCCUGCCAGAAACAUCUUUGCCAAAUUAUGCUACAAAUUUGAAAGACAAGAACUCUUUAGUUUCAUCUCUCUAUAAAGUUAUCCAGGAGCCACAAAGUGAGUUGCUAGAACCAGUCUGUCACCAACUCUUUGAAUUCUAUCGCAGUGGAGAGGAACAUUUGCUACGAUUUACACUGCAGUUUCUCCCAGAACUGAUUUGGUGCUACCUUGCAGUCUCAGCCAGCAGAAAUGUGCAUAGCAGUGGAUGCAUUGAAGCUCUCCUUCUAGGGGUUUAUAAUUUGGAAAUAGUUGACAAACAAGGACAUAGCAAAGUAUUGAGUUUUACAAUUCCAUCUUUAUCCAAACCAUCUGUAUAUCAUGAACCUUCCAGUAUUGGGUCCAUGGCUCUAACCGAGAGUGCACUAUCCCAGCAUGGACUGUCAAAAGUUGUGUACAGUGGACCCCAUCCUCAAAGGGAGAUGCUCACAGCCCAGAACAGGUUUGAAGUGUUGACAUUCCUUUUGUUGUGUUACAAUGCUGCCUUAACCUAUAUGCCCAGUGUUUCUCUUCAAUCACUGUGUCAAAUUUGUUCAAGAAUCUGUGUUUGUGGAUAUCCUCGACAGCAUGUAAGGAAAUACAAAGGUGUAAGCAGCAGGAUUCCAGUCUCUUCAGGAUUCAUGGUGCAGAUGUUAACAGGAAUUUAUUUUGCCUUAUAUAAUGGAGAAUGGGAUCUAGCUCAAAAAGCAUUGGAGGAUAUUAUAUACCGAGCUCAGCUAGAAUUAUAUCCAGAGCCAUUGCUGGUUGCAAAUGCUAUAAAGGCUUCAUUGCCUCAUGGUGCCAUGAAAUCUAGUAAGGAAGGCACAAGGUGUAUUCAAGUUGAAAUCACACCAACUUCCUCUAGAAUAUCAAGAAAUGCAGUAACCAGCAUGUCAAUAAGAGGUCAUAGGUGGAAAAGACAUGAGCAACCUGACAACAAUAAUGAUACUACUGAAUUGGGCAUCCUUGUCAUUCCUGAGAUUAGUGUCACAAAUGUGUCCGGAGAGAGAACCGGGAAUGGGGAAAAAGGCAGAACACUAGGAGAGAUUGAUGCUCAGCAUAUGCAGGGUGUGCAGGAAACAGCCACAGAUCCUAGAGCUGAGAGCAAAGGCUUGCCAGAGAUCAGGAGGCAAAAAUCUGUGAGAAAAAUGAUGGAGGAUGGAAUAAACUCACCUGGCAGAGUGCAGUUUUAGCAGAGCACUUUAUAGCUGCACUCCAAGGAAAUACAGAAUUUACAGGUCAAGAAGAACUGAUGGAGAUAUCUGAAGUUGACGAGGGAUUUUAUUCCAGGGCUGCUUCUAGUACCAGCCAGUCGGGUUUAUCAAACAGUAGUCACAAUUGUAGUAACAAGACAAGUGUAGGAAAGAACCAGAGACGGUCAGGAGGAAGCAAAACUGGAGGAAAAGAAAAAGAAGCUACAGGGGAAUCUUACAAAGAUCACUUUGCUCGAAAACAAACUCAGAGAGCCCAAAGUGAGAAUCUUGAGCUUCUCUCUUUGAAGAGACUAACUUUAACAACCAGCCAGUCCCUACCUAAGCCUAAUAGCCAUGGUUUGGCUAAGACGGCAGCGACUGUAUUUAGCAAAUCCUUUGAACAAGUCAGUGGUGUCACAGUCCCACAUAACCCAUCAUCUGCUGUUGGUUGUGGGACUGGGACAGAUGCCAAUAGGUUUUCUGCCUGUAGUCUCCAAGAAGAAAAGCUCAUUUAUGUUUCAGAAAGGACUGAGCUUCCAGUGAAGUAUCAAGCAGGUCAGCAGAGACCUCCUAGUAUUAGCAUUACUCUGUCCACCGAUUGAAGUGUAACAUAGUUUUCUUCUUAUACCCAGUAAAUAUGGAAAUAUGACUGCUCCUUAAUGAAAGUGCCCUGCUUCUUUCAUGACUGUUCCUAACAUGAGCCCUUGACUUUGAUGAAGGGAAUAAUGUCUAGGUUAGUGAAUGGAAUGAUGUCUAGGUUGCAGUAAGUUGAAAUAAUGGUUUUGUUAUUUCUUGGUCUGCCCCCUACCCAUUUGAGUCUUUUUCUUUUUCAUUGUUACUGUUCUAAGAUUGUGGUGUGACAAUAAAUAUUGGCAGGUUGUCUGAUUAAGUUGCUUACAUCUCCUGUGACGUUUUUAGUUUGUUUUAAAUAUCUUCUACUUGGGUAGCUGUGUGUUUGCCCUUCAAAGUCAAAGGGCAUCUCCACAGAAGGAGACUGGCUCAUAAAAGAUGGGACAGAGGAGCACAUUCAGGAAUUCCACAGUUGGCCUUUCAGUCAGCUGCCCUGAAAAACAGGCACAUGAAUAAACAAAAUGUUUACUAUGAAAAGUGCUAGUAGAAAUUACUUGUAACCAGAUCAUCUUUAAGGUUAGAACAGUUUGUUCAAAGCACUGGAAAAUGGCUGACAACUCACAGAUGAGUUAUUUUGUGAUUAUUAUGUGGCUCCAGGAGAUAGAUGGGCAGGGGCAUUUUUGUUGAUCUCCUUAGGAUGUUUGCAUAUCAGGUUGCUGGCAGAUAAUGUUGUUAUGAAGUGUUUGGUCUGGGUUUAGCAGGUGAAAAUUCCUUUAAAUUCCUAUAAUAGGCCAUAAAGCUGAUUGAUUUAGGUUGGAUUCCUAUAAUUCAGAGCACACAUCACUGAAGACUUCCUGGAAAUCAUUGUAAAUCUUGCAACGCAGCUCUCAAAAUACCAGUGUGAACUGUAUGAUAUUGAAUCAUUUAUCAGCAAAUGAAGGAAAUUAGAUACCAAUCACUUUUCAUCUGUAAGAUGUCAUAAAAGAAAAUAUAUAGUGAAAUAUGGGCAAAGGAUAUCUGUAUAUUAACUAAUUUAAAGUUGUCUUCUUAAAUAAAUAUGAAAAAAUUAAAUGUAUUUCUUGAUCAUGAACAGAUCUAUUUAAAUGGUUUUUUAUGAUAUAGCAAGAAUAAUCAUUUACCUCUAACCACAAAUAAAAAGAAGAAAGGCAGGCAGGCAGAAAAGCUAAAUAAGCUUACAUGUAGCUACAAGAGACUAGAGCCUCUAGAUAGACGUAAAGUCUUGGUAUUUGGUGUUUGUUAGUGGUAGCCAUUUCAGCUAUUGUUGAGGUUUUCUGUAAAGCAAAUUAUACUUAAUAAUUCAGAGAGAUAGAGGAAGAAAUGGAGAGAGAGACUGGAGAACAGGGCUGACAAUGAGAGUAGGUAGCUGGGAAAGAAGGCCUUGGAAGCUGUACACUUCUUGAGUGCUUUAAUUUUUAGCACACAGAAGUUUCCUUACUUGUGCUUCCUAGCUGUGGUCACAAAGAAAACAUGCUAGUGUUUCCCCUUGUACUUGUUCAUGCACAGAUCAAAUACAGUAUGUAAAACCCUGUAUGUAUUGAACAGUGCUAGGCAUUUAUAUCAAGUGCAGUUUUAACCAUAUUGCUUUGCUCAUCAGUUUAAACCUAGUUCUUCAAAAGUCAUGAACUAGUUUUCACUCAUUAGCCUUGAAUAUAAUGUGGUUUUUUACCAUAAAUGAAUCUGAUAUUUUUAGUUCCAGUAAUAAAAUGGAGUAAGAUCCAUAGACAUAACUGGUAGUCAAAAACUGGAAGGCAAUUAGAGCUGAUUUUGUAUUAAUUUAAUAGCAAUCCUGUAUACAAUUUGAAAUAUAUGUAAAGUAUCACUGUGAAUUUCCUAUUGUCUUUUCCUAAUUCUUUAGCAAACUUUCAUUCAUGCAGAGUUACUAACAGUAUUGACAUUAUGGUAUUGAGUUAAAAGUUUGGAAUUUUGAGUAAGUCAAGAAGCUUAGAAAUGAAGAGUAAAUUUGAAGAAACAUUAGCUGGCCCAGACAAGAGAACAUAUUUUAAUAUUAUAGCACUGUAAUGAAACCUGAUUUUGGUAUCAUUCUAGACCUUUUCUAUUAACAUGGCUGUGGACCAGUAAAGACAAUUCACAUCAUCAGCCAUUUUGGUAAAAAUUCUAAAUAUCAAGACCAGGCCAUGUGAAUAAAAAUUGACAUUUUAACAAGAUUUUUUAUGGAUGUUAUCAUUUGAGAAGAUAGCAGGCUUCUCAGUGGUCUCACAACCCUAGAUCAAAUAAAUAUUUAAUAUCAAAUAUCAUAACCUGUAUUGUUUUUAACAGCUAAUUAACUUUAAUAGCAUUGACUCAUGAUGUAUCUUCUAAUUCUGAAUUCCUAACGAUCUGUACUUAUUAUUGCAAUAAAAAUGUAAAUUUUAUAGUUUUCUUGUUCAUCCUAAAUAAAAUCAGAGGUAUAGAUGUCUGUAAGUUUAAGUAUGUGAGGUUAUACCUUUUGUACUUAAACUUUUAUACAAUGUACAUCAAAUUUAUCUGUGUAUAUUCUUUGUUUUAAAAAUUUCUUAUUCAGUGGGGGUGAUUCUGAAUUUUUGUUUCAAGUGAUUUGCACCACUUUGGUUUUUGUACUGUGGAAUAAACAGUAAAAUUCUUUGUAGUACUUUUGAUACUAUUUCAAAUAAUUAUGCAGUGACAAUUUUUAACUGUAAUAAUUAACUACAAAAAUAAUUGUUGCUGACCAUACUAUUCUUUCCCUAUUUGUCUUGUAAUGUGAGUUGUCUUUCCUAGGUUAUAUGCCUUUAAAGAAGCUAAUGCUUGCAGGUCCCUUGAGUAUCCAGAAUAAUACCUUUUAUCAAGGGAAGACUCCACAUGAAACUCUGGUUAUUUUCCCCAUAGUGGAGAGGAUCUGAAGAGAAAUUAAAGUUCUUUUCCACAUUUUAAGCCUCUAAGGAGUCUUGAAGUCACCCAACCUUACUUUUGAACCCCAACUUCCUGGAUGAUCUAGUGAAGCUGGAUCUAGCAUUGACCUCUUGAGACCCAAGUGGGAAGAGAAGCAAAGUAAUAAGGGAGUGGCCCAGAGCUCCAGGGCACAAUGACAUUCUCUCUUUAAAGCCAUAGGGAAGCACCCUGGUGUCCUUGUCCCUCAUUGUGGAACUUUUUAAGGCAAACUCUUGUAGACUUGAAGAAUAGAAAUUUUUAGUCCUUAAAUGACAGGUUUGAUUUUUUAAAAUCAGCAUUUCAUUGCCUUUUUCAAUUGUGAAGUAACUCAACAAAUCUUACUCAUUUUUUAAAAGUUGAAUUAAUAAAUACAUUUAUAAACCAAAAUAGACCAAAAUGAUCCCAGUUUUAAGGGAUUUUGCCUAUUUUGGAAGAAUAAAAUGAAACUAUUUGAGGUGUUAAGUCAUAGAGGAAAAAAAAAUGUACUCUUAGAAUUAUGUAAGGCAGUGUAAUGUUUGAGUAUAUAGGCAUAAUCUAUAUUAAAGGAGAGCACAUCAAGGAAAUACAUGUUAAAUGAUGUAACUGAAAAAAUACAAAAAAGUUUAAAAGGCAAAUAAUUUGAUGUGUACUUAAGUAUUUUUUUUAAAUUAAGUAUUUUAGAUAGAAAUUGAUGUAUGAUAAUGUAUUCCCAAUCUUUGAAUGAAAAAUUAAAACUUUGGUCCUUUGAUUAGCAUGGAUUUAUAUUUUUAGAUGUGUUGCUUAGUGAAAUUAAACUUAAUACAUUGAGUUAUUUAAAUUUUAACAUUGUUAAAUUCCUCAUCACAAUAUAAAUAUAUUGUCUUUGUAUUUUGUAACUUGUACAUAUCUAAAGAGUCUAGUAGUGAACAUUUUUGAAUGUGUUAUUAUGUUUUUUUAUAGUGGAGUUCUAAGAGCACCUGUGUUGUAAUAUAAAAUUUUAACUAGAAAACUCAAGAUCUUAUUUCACAUACUGUUCAAUUCUCUCAUAUGAAGUUUAUUGUGUACCUCUUAUUUUUACCUCUAAUCAUGUGGUGAUACUAAUCUUUUCCUGGUGAAUAUUCUUGUUUCUAACUGUAUUCCUAGAGUUUACAUUCCUGAAAAGUAAACAUGACUUUGACUAUUUUUACAUGUUCUGUACCCUUUUAAGGAUAUAGAAAUCAACUGGAAUUUAGUUUUUUGAAGUUUUGUAUGUUUGUGUAAAUGUUCUCCAUCCAUAUGCAGUACUUUAUACAGUAAAUGUUGCCUCUUGUGUUAUUGAAAUAAAAAG